AUGAAUAAGUACCUGGUUAAAUCUCCUCCAGUUUUGAUAGAUGAGGAGAUUCUGCAGGAAGCUGUACUGCAGCAUCUUUCUCAAGAUCAGGCUAGGCGUAUUGCAAAGGAGGAGGGAAUCGUCUUCAGUGAAAUCCUUAAACUACAUCUGGAUUACAGAAACAUCCUGCUGAUUGACCACUUAUGGGAAUUCACAUCCUUGGCCUUUCUUGAUUUGAACAACAACCUCAUACAGAAGAUUGAGGGCCUGGACCGUCUGGUUAAUCUGACAUGCCUUAAUCUGUCAUUCAACAGCAUAGAGAAAAUUGAGGGACUGGAGUCUCUGCGGCAGCUCGAAGUGCUGAAUUUGACCAACAACAAAAUCUCUGUCAUCGAAAACAUGGACGCACUUGAGAAACUCAGUCAUUUCUGCAUUGCAAACAACUGCCUUGGACAGCUGGACAAUGUGCUCUACCUCAGGAAGUUUAAGAAGCUGUUCACCCUCAACUUCUAUGGAAAUCCUGUCUCUAAGGAUGACAAUUACAAAUUUUUCAUCGCAGCCUAUUUUCCAGAGUUGAGGUACCUAGACUACAGAUUGCUUGACGAGAAGACAAAAAAUAAAGCAUCUAUGAAAUACCACGAUGUCCUUGAGAAAAUGAGACAUGAGGAGCUGCAGUUACAACAAGCUCAUGAGGCUGAGCAAAGCCAGGAAGCUGAGGUCAAAUUACACACGGAUGCCUUUGUGGAGUUCCUGAAUGGGUCUUAUCUUUUUAAGAGCAUGCUCAAAGAUGAUCCAGAGGCAGAGACGCUACACUGUGUGCCCGGAGUGGCUCCUGUGCUUGAAACAUUUGAGCACCAAAUUGUGGAGCUGUUUAUGCAGUUGUUUAAAACAGGCUUGUCUGAACAUAAGCAAAGAGAGAAGGAGGUGAACUCCUUCAUCAGUGGCCAGACUAAGCUUGUGGCAGACUCUCAGCAGAUAGCAUCACACAUAUUGGCAAAGUUUGAGCAGCAACACAAAGAGAGGAUAGUGGAGUUGCAACAGUUAUCAGACCCAGACCUGCUGAGGACCAAGAUCAACCAUUGCAAUGAUGAAAUCAACCAACUCUGUAACAACCUCAUGGCUCUGGAUUUUGAGCUGGUCAGCCAUCUGAAGGAUAUUAUCAAAAUGUUUGACACCAACAUCUCAAGCAUGGUUGGCAACUUCAGUGAAACUGUUCAAGGGAUAUUUGCGCAAUGUAGAGAUCUGGAGGAUAAUUAUCACGAGAAGGUGAGGGAGAUUGCUUUGGCAACUCUGGAAAAUGUGGCCAAGGACGACCUGGAAGAGGACAUGCCAGACGAUGUUAAAAUGCUGUUUACAGACAGAGACACAGUGAUGGACGCCUUGGCCGCCGGCCAUGACAACCACCUGCUGAAGAUCAAUGACCGAGAGACUCAGUUGGUUACACGUGUCAAUGCCUGGAAAGUGGCCCUCAUUAAAGGGAUUGAAGACAAGGAACUUAAGCAUAGCCGCACACGCAUCUCAGAUAUCCACAGAUAUGCGGACUAUUUGAGGGAGCAGCUGGAGGUGUUGCAGUAG